UAGUUACCGAGACCUAUGGUUUUGGGAAGAGCAAGAAUGACCGGUAAGCAGUGGGUCCCAACCACCAUUAACUACCUGACUUUCUCACUAAGUAUAAGGACACGGACAUCUCCGACGCCACGAUUCGUGCGUCCUCUCAAGUAUCAGUUCACUGGUGAGGCUGAAUUAUCAGAAAUGAGCAAAGUAGAGGGCAUGGAUUGCGUUUACAGAGACCCCAGAGCACCAGUAGAGGCUCGUAUCAAAGACGUACUUUCUCGAAUGACAUUGCAAGAGAAGGUCGGUCAGAUGACCCAGAUUGAGCGCGGUGUCGCCACCCCCGACGCGAUCAAAGACCUCUCCAUCGGGAGUAUACUGAGUGCUGCUGCGUCUGGACCCUUUGCGAAAGCAGUGUCGUCUGAUUGGGCUGAUAUGGUUGAUGGGUUUCAGAAGUCUGCGCUGGAGUCACGACUCGGGAUACCUCUAAUAUACGGUAUUGAUGCUGUUCAUGGGAACAAUAGUGUCUAUGGUGCCACUAUAUUUCCUCACAAUGUUGGCCUCGGAGCUACCAGGGAUGCUGAUUUGGCUCGAAGGAUUGGGGAAGCAACGGCCCUUGAAGUCAGGGCAAGCGGCAUUCACUAUACUUUUGCUCCUUGUGUGGCUGUAUGCAGAGAUCCCCGAUGGGGGAGAAGCUACGAGAGUUACAGUGAAGACACUGAAAUUGUUAGAAAGAUGACUUCCAUUGUCACAGGUUUGCAGGGCCAGCCACCCUGCGAACACCCAAAAGGCUACCCUUUUGUGGCUGGGAGAAACAAUGUUAUUGCUUGCGCAAAACAUUUUGUCGGAGAUGGGGGUACGGACAGGGGAAUAAAUGAGGGAGAUACCAUAUCAUCAUAUGAGGACCUAGAGAGGAUCCAUAUGGCACCUUAUCUGGACUGCAUUUCUCAGGGAGUUUCCACUGUUAUGGCAUCCUUUUCUAGCUGGAAUGGGCACAAACUUCAUGCCCAUCGUUUUCUCCUUACAGAAAUAUUAAAAGAUAAGCUAGGUUUUAAGGGUUUUGUAAUUUCUGACUGGGAAGGACUUGACAGACUAAGUAAACCUCAUGGCUCAAAGUACCGUUACUGCAUUUCCACUGCUGUUAAUGCAGGAAUAGAUAUGGUAAUGGUGCCUUUGAGAUACAAACUAUUCAUGGAGGAUUUGAUAUUUCUGGUUGAAUCAGGGGAGAUACCGAUUACCAGGAUUGAUGAUGCAGUUGAACGAAUUCUUAGAGUGAAGUUUGCUGCCGGUCUUUUUGAAUUUCCUUUCACAGAUAGAUCUUUGCUUGAUAAAGUUGGUUGCAAGUUGCAUCGAGAUCUAGCACGUGAAGCAGUCCGCAAGUCCUUGGUCCUUUUGAAAAAUGGAAAGGAUCCUAACAGACCUUUUCUUCCUUUAGACAAAAAUGCUAAAACAAUUCUUGUUGCUGGAACACAUGCUGAUGAUCUUGGAUAUCAGUGUGGGGGGUGGACAGAAACUUGGUAUGGAGGCAGUGGAAGGAUUACAAUCGGCACAACCAUCUUGGAUGCCAUCAAAGAAGCAGUAGGAGAUGAAUCGGAGGUAAUUUAUGAGCAAUAUCCAUCAGCAGCCACUUUAGCACGUCGGGACAUAUCUUUUGCCAUUGUAGCUGUUGGUGAAGAAGCCUAUGUAGAGACCCCUGGUGAUAAUUCAGAGCUCGAAAUCCCCUUGUUUGGAGACGACAUAGUGAGUGCAGUCGCUGACAACAUCCCCACAUUGAUGAUUUUAGUAUCUGGAAGACCCUUAGUUUUGGAGCCAGGGCUUUUGGAAAGGAUAGAUGCUCUAAGUGUUGCUUGGCUGCCUGGAAGUGAAGCCGGAGGAAUUGCUGAUGUUGUCUUUGGGGAUCAUGACUUCAUAGGCCGACUACCACUAACAUGGUUUAAACAAGUUGAACAACUGCCUUUGCAUGUCGGAGUCAAUUCAUAUGAUCCUUUAUUCCCCCUGGGCUUUGGUUUGACGUACAAUAAGGAAAAAUCUCCAAACUGAUUAGUUUCUCAAAACAACUUAGGCAGAGACAGCUGAUCUAUGAACAGAUUUUCCACUGGUAUGAAAGUUGUCUGUACUCCAUCUCCAUGUUUUUGUUGUAUCCUGCCACAGUCCCAUUUCAACCGGUUUCUCGUUGUUGUCCUGCAAACAGUGCAUGUGGCCCAUGCAUGCCGCGUUCAUUGAAGAUGAAUUAUGGUCUGUCGAAUAAGAGUAAGCGGUUUGGUCAUGUUCAGCAGUCUGUAUGUAAGGGAUGCGUGGCUGAGGAUGGAUAUCAUGUUAGGCUUUCAUGAUCUAUUAAAGUCUCGCAUUCACCUCUAAAUUUCAAGAAAUGACUAAUGUCGGUAACAAUACGAAACGACAGAACUUUUAUUUAUUUUUUAAAACUAUAAUGUUCUCACAUCAUUAAGAAAUAAUGAAUAGUAUUACUUUGUCCUCUAGCCAAA